AUGUCCUCCUCCUCCUUCUCCUCCUCCUCAUCCCGUCCCGCCGCUACUGGAACGCCGGCUCCAUCAACCUCCAUUCCCUCAAUUCCACCCGUACCAUCCUACCCACCACCUGCCGAUCCCUUCGACCCUCUCUACUCGUCCACCCCGCCAACCGCCGACUUUAUCGGCGCUGCUUCCUCAUCCUAUUCCUAUCCUUACUCUUCUCCGUCGCCACGAACCGUCACGUCCACGUCCAUCUCGCAUUCGCACUCUACCCGUCUUGGCAGCCGAGACUUGGGCAGCGCCGGCGGGACUGCCCUGCCCCGUCUGAGGAGCCAGUAUUACAACUACGACGGCGUCGACGGCAGCAGCAGCAACAGCAGCAGGAACAGAUCGACCGCUGCAUUCCACGGCCAUCACUCCCGAGAGUCGUCGUCAGUUCAUAUCGCCUCUGUGGCCGCCAGCCCCCCGCGCACUGCAUCCCUCUUACCUCCCGCGCGAAUCGUCGUGGGGGAACCAACCCUUAUCGAAGCGCCGCCGCUCCUCCGCGACCCGUUCAAUGACCCUCGACCGGCUCCCAAAGUCCCGGACUCGGCCAAGGAACACAGAAGAGGACGCUCCCGGUCAAGCAGCGGCACAGGCCUGAACGACAGUCUUCGCAACCUCAACCGCUGGUCCGCUUCAACCGCCUCGAGCCGCGCAUCCGGUCUUGCCAACUUCUCUCGACGCCUCAGCGCCGACAUCUUGAGUGGCGCUUUCCACUCCCAUAGGAACAGGCCUUCGACCUCGAGCAGCUCGCCACGCUCUAGCCCUCGGUCCGGUCGCCGCAGCCCUUCGCCGGCCAAUAACACAUCGUCAUUCCCGCCGCCACGGAGCCUUCCUCGUAUCUCGACCGGUCCGGAUCUGGCACAUGAGGUUCUGGGGUCGACUAUAAUAGGAAGAACACUUUCCCCCACUGCAGAGGAGACGCCGAGGCAAGAACAGCAUAGGGACGAUUGGGACAACAACACGCGUGCUUGGGAUCAGGAGCCGGCAUACUCUCAACAACACCAAGGAGAGCAGUCUAUCACAGAAGCACAGCAGCCAUCUGUCGAGCCGGCACCAGAGCCUGGUAUGGCUUACACGCACAACGGACACGGCCAUCACGGCCAUCACGGUCAUGGGCGCGGCGGCCACGAGGCCGGCCACUCGCACAUUUACUCGGCGGCCACUCACCACGGCAGCGAAACGAUGGGAUCAAGCAGUAGAGAAAGGGACCGUGAGCGGUCUCAUCGCACACCGUCGCAGAAGACCAUAUUAUCCAAGGCGCUACACAAGGCAAAUACCGCUGUUAAGCUGGAUAAUGCAUACAAUUUUGAGGGUGCUCGAAAAGCCUAUGCCGAAGCUUGUGCUUUACUUCAGCAGGUUUUAAUAUGGGCCACGGCAGAGGAGGAUCGCAGGAAGUUGGAGGCGAUUCAUGAGACAUACCUUAAUCGGGUUAUGGAGCUUGACCAGAUCCUUGUUGAGAUGCAGGAGACACAACCCCAGGAAAAAGAGCUCCCCCGGCGCCCCGAUAGCGAAGACCUUGAUAAUGUCUAUAACGAGCAUGCGGCUUCGGGUCACCACGACUAUGCGAACACAUACGGACCUGCGGGCCAGAGACACUACGAGACGGAUCACUAUCAACAUCACUACUAUCAUGCACAGGCGUCUUCAUCAAGGCUGCAACAAUCCUACAAUGCGUCGUCUACCAGCCAUGGCCCGGAAACAAACCAUAGGGAAACACGCGCAGGCUCUUACCUAACUUCACAAUACUCACUCCAGUCGCAGUUCUCCAAGUCCAGGUACAAUGGGUUAACAUCGCGCACGACAAUGGACAACUCGUAUAUGCCGCCCCCGCUGUCACCUGGGCGGCCGCUCUCGCCUCUUAGCAGGCAUUCGCCAAAGCCGCCGGAGCAUGAGAGCCCCAGGAGAAAUGCUCAUGCUGAGACCUCGACUUCCGGGCACCAGCAUGGUCAGCACUUGGCUCCCGGUCAUCCGGCCGACCACCAUCGGACAAACAGCCACGAGUCGGUGUCCUGGCUUGCCCCCAUCGACGAGUCGGAUCAUUCGAGUGAGUCAUCCGUUCACUCCAGGUCGUCCUCACGAAUCCGCAGGAAGCAUCUGCGUGCCCCGAGCGGUGCUACCGAGGCCGAGUUUGAUGCCGCGCUGGACGAUGCCAUCGAGGCUGCCUAUGACGAUGGAUACGAACCAGAGACCGAUUACCCCGGGCCCGUGUACCAAAACACCUCGUCUGUCCCUCCGCCUACUGCCCCCGUGGACCCGGUUGCCGCUGCGAUGCAGAAAGUUGAGAUGGCUAGGCAGAUGGUACGGGAGUCUGAGCGUGAGGCAUUGGAGUUGGCCAACGAGAGGGAGCGGCGGUUGCGAGAGCAGCAGCAGCUGGACGAUAGGGAGCACAAGAACCAGGAGGCUAUGGGAGGUAGUAGGACUGAUGAUUUCUAUGAUGAUGGAAAUGACUCGGAAGAGGAGGAGAGGAUCCUGGAGGCGCUCACGAAGGGCCAUUCGAUCGAGGAUUUCAUUAUCAAUGGCCAGCCUCAGUCGUCCGUUCCUCGCGAGUCCGAUUCGAGUGGCCUUAGCUCCCGGACCUGGCACAGCUCGAUGGGUUCGAAUCCGCCUACCGCGACUACCGUCCUUACUCCUGUCAGCGAAACUGGCAUCCCUCCUCAGCCGACCGUUCCUGUACCUGCGUUGCCUACGCAACCGCCACCGCAAGUGCCGACUCAACAGCAGCAGAGUGUUCGCGGCCGCCGUCUGUCUGGGCAAAAUGCAACGCAGCUCAAGAUCGAGACGAGCAAACUUUCUGGUCCGUCUGCUCCGCCGCCAGGGCCUGCCACGGCUGGACCUACCAUGUCAGCUUCUCACCCCUCAACAGGCAAUUACAUCGCGCAGCAGCGUCAAGCCCUCUCUGCCGGCCCGAGCCGCACUGUUGGGCCAUUCUCAUCGAGGCCCACCCCGUCCCCGGUCCCCGGUGUCCCCGAGAACGAAGUCGCCCAGCCGGAGCCGCUGCCCCCAGUCGCUGUCAAUCAGCAACAGCAAGAGCAGCCUCAGGAACAGCCACGCGUCGGCACCCCGUCGAUCGUUCGCCCCAGCCUGCGCAAGAACUUCUCGUCGUCCAGCCUCAAGUCCCUGCGCACCCGUAACCACUCCAUCUCUCACCUGGAAGAAUCCGAACAAUCCCCCAGCACCCCUCUCAGCACGCACUUUUCGACCUCCCGGCUCCCCGCCGUCCCGUCCAUCCCUGCCUCGAUCAAGUCCUCGGUCACCAACAGCAGCCUUGCCUCCUCCAACUCCAGUACCAGCGCUAACAACACCAACACGGCCGGCCUGCACCUCUUCGACAACCACUUCCACUCCCCCGACCGUCCGGGCUCUCCCAAUCCCUCCAUCCCCGACGCCCCCGUCCCGCUCGAACCCUGCCCUACUGAAGCCCUCCUCCGUCCCUUCUGGCUUAUGCGCUGUCUCUAUCAGUCCCUGUGCCACCCCCGCGGCGGGUACCUCAGCAACCGGCUCUUCAUCCCGCGCGACGUCUGGCGCGUCAAGGGCGUCAAGCUCAAGGCAGUCGAGGAUAAGAUUGCCAACUGUGACUUGCUGACUGCUGCGUUGCAAAAGUUGGCCCGGGUGGAUACGUGUGAUGCGGAUGCGGUCUUGGAGGAGAUGCAGGCUUUCGAGGGGGUUUUGGAACAGGUGCAGGCUGCCUUGGCACGGAAACUUGGGAAUGAAGUUGGGGUUAAUGGGACGGCGAGCUUGUUUAGGGAGGCUGCUGUCCUGGAUGCGAUUAAUGGGGAGGGGGGUGCCGCAGGGGGUGUGCCGAGGUCGGCAAGUUCGGCUGGGAAGGGAGGGUUCUCGUGGAGAAAGUUAAGGAAUAAGGGGAGUAGUGCGAAUUUACCCGCCAGCGGGUAUUCCUCUGGGAGGGGAACAGCUGGUGGUGCGGGGGGUAGUUCGGUGAAUUUGGCUGGGCAGCAGAGUAAAGAUGGAAAGGAUGCGAAAGAAGGGGUGUUGAUGCCCAGUCUGCCGAUGACGGCCCAUCCGACCAGUAGACCGCCGAAGAGAGAUGUCAAUAGUGUGUCGUUUGCCGGGCCGAACGCGAAUUAUAUGGCUAGCUUGGCGAGGCUAUUUGAUGCGGCGCAGACAGUUGAUGCUAUAGCACGACAAGUCGACGACCCGGGCUUACGGCACGCGGAUAAGACGCAGGUUGGCCUGGAGCUGUGCACGCGGCAUGCGGCGGACUUUUUUGCGUUUUAUAUUUGCCGGUUUGUGCUGUCCGAUUUGAUGCUCUUGAUGGAUAAGUUUAUUAAGAGGGGAAGUGAGUGGGUUUUGAUGUGA